GACUUCCUGUGCGAGCUGAAGCACGUGUUCACGACCAAGGACAAGCGCUGCGUCAAGUUCCAGGCGACCUCAGAGGGCAACCGCAACCCUGUCGUCAGGAUGCACGCCGACGGCGGGCGCGUCUCGCUCGGCGCCGUGUCGUUCGGCGGCAUGUCCCCGAUCACCGUCUGGAGGGGCGCCAUGAUGAUCGCGCAGGAGAUCGAGGACGGCACGCUGCAAUGCAACAAGGAUGACAUCACGGUCCGCAAG